AUGUCCAUCAACGGCAACAGCACCAAUAGCCGACAAGGUGUCAAUCCCCUCCGUCCGUACUACAUCCCUCCCACCAUCGGUGACCAGGCCGCCCAGACCUCAAAUAUCCCCGGUCCUACAGCAUUCUCCCGCCCAUCGACGUCGUCGUCGCCGCCACACGCCAGUCCGCCCGGCCAGUACGCGUCCAAGGCACGCGACAUCUUCUCCGACCUCGACUACAAGGACUACAUCUCCGAACCCUCGCCCUCUGUCGUCCGAUCUGUCAAGGAUGUCGUCGACGAGCUGAUAUGGAAGUACACAUCCGUCUUCCUGGCCCAGCCCUUCGAGGCCGCCAAGUUGCUCCUGCAGGUCCGCGCUCAGGACGAUCUCGGCGGGCUGGCAGCUGCCUCAGCCUCGACCUCGGCCACGCCAAAGCCAGUGUCCGCCCAGGCGAGCUUCAAGAGCCCGUGGAAUGAGGAGAUACCCGACUCCGACUCUGAAGGCGAAGAGCCUGCCUACUUCACUUCUAACGCCCCACAUACCCCUUCACCAGUGCGCUCACGGAGGAGACGAUCCUUGACGCCACCGCCAGACUCACCUCAGCCUACCAAAAAGGCGGAAAUACCACCGCACAUAUUGAACAUCAGCCGUCCUGAUUCCAUAACCGAAGUACUUUCACAACUCUGGCAGAAAGAAGGCGCUUGGGGCACGUGGAAGGGCACCAAUGCGACAUUUGUGUACACAGUCCUGCAGUCCUUGCUAGAGAACUGGUCCCGCAGUCUCUUAAGCGCGCUCUUCGACGUGCCGGACCUGGGCUUGAAGACCGACCUCGACAGGCUCGUCGAUAUUGCUUCUCCCUACCCAUGGGCCUCUCUUGGGGUGGCAGCCGCCGCCGCUGUUGUUACGAGUCUCGUUCUCUCACCACUUGAUCUUGUCCGCACGAGGUCAAUAAUAACGUCGACGACCCGCGGCCCACGGCGGACGCUCGCCCUGCUCCGCUCUCUUCCCUCCUACCUAUGCCCCUCGAGUCUCGUCAUGCCGACCAUCAUGCACUCUCUGGUUCACCCUGUCCUUGCCCUCUCCACACCUCUAGUCCUGCGCACCAAGUUCUUGAUCGACAGCGAGUUGUCACCAGCCACUUUCUCCGUCGCCAAGUUCUGUACCUCGGCUGCGGCUCUCUUCAUCAAAUUGCCCCUGGAAACCGUUCUGCGGCGCGGCCAAGUCGCCGUUCUCAGCCAGCCCAGCUAUAUCCGCGCCGCUGAGAAAGCCGCCAGUCCGACCACGUCGUCUAAAUCUGGGCGGUCCGUCGUUGACGGCAAGACAGCUACACCCACGGCCUUGGAGACAAUUGUACAGCCGGGCAGAUACCAAGGUGUGGUCGGUACCAUGUACACGAUUGUGAACGAGGAAGGAUCACGAGCCGUCCACGCAGCGUCAACAGUAGCGGCCAAAGGAAAGAAUGCCCCUAAAAAGGCACGGAAGGCGGUCGCCGAGACUGUCUACCGACGUGGGCAAGGACUGGAAGGCUUGUGGCGUGGCUGGAAGGUCAACACUUGGGGCCUGGUUGGACUAUGGAUGGCUUCUGUUGCUGGUGGAGGCGGCGACGGGGAAUUUUAA